AUGCUCUUGACGUGUGUAGCGAUCUGCGCGAGUGUGCAGCAAGAGCACCAAAAGGACGCGCAACAGUCCUCACAACACCCACCCGGGAUUUUAAAUCGUUCUCUGGUCAGUUGUCGUAGCUGCCAGAUCCACACGAAGAGAACCGCGUGCGCGAGGCCACCAGUAAACGAGAACAGCAGCACAAAAGUGAGCAGUGCGCAGGUGUACGUCGUCAUACCCAGGCGAGCAGAGAUUUGCGCCACUGAAAUGCAGGGGCAGCAGGUUGCCAUGAGGCAGUUAGGGAUCCCGGACGGAUCUCUGUCGGGCUUCAGUUCUUCAGCCGGAAUGGUCACCACAACUUCCGCGGCGUUUGCAUUAACCUUGGCGACAUCGUCAACUGGAACAGCGUAA